AUGAGUCUCCUUCGCUCCUCGUUGCGGAGGAUAGGGUCGCCCGGCGAUCCUAGCAGGAUAUGCUCUCAAUGUCUUCUACAUCGAAAUCGGACCCCUCGAACCUUCCCCGCCGCUCUCCGCACCUUCUCCUCGUCCUUUCGAUCCCACUCGGGCAUUGCAGACGGCCAUUCCGCCCAGUCGGCUCUGAAUAAGACUUAUUUCUCGGCCAAUCGCGCAGAAGACGGCACUCCGAGCAAGAGUGACAUUGUCUCUUCGCUUUCCGGCGGCAAUGUUUCCUCCAGCGCGACAUCCUCCACUCUCCCAUCAGACCACCGCGUCAAUGCCUCUACGUCUGCCCCCGACUCCACACAACCAGAGCUCCCUCAUCGCCGGAGGAAGCGUUUAAAGGAAGAAGCGAAUGCCCAAGCCGCCGAUACUGAACAUGUCAUCCCCCCCGAUGCCUCCGCACAGCUCUCCGCCUUCUCUUCCGCUCAGCCCACCUCUUCCCUCCGCCGUAAGAUGGCGGCAUUCCUCGCCCUCUGCAAGCCUCGUCUCUCCGUCCUCAUCGUGCUGAGCACAACCUCCGCCUAUGGCCUGUAUCCGAUCUCGUCCCUCCUCACGCUCGACCCGUCCAUGACCCCGCUACCGACCCUCUCCACCUCAACCCUAACCUUCCUCUACCUGACGGCGGGCACCUUCCUCUCCAGCUGCAGCGCCAACACCAUCAACAUGUUUCUGGAGCCGAAGUAUGAUGCUCUCAUGUCGCGCACCCGCAACCGGCCUCUCGUUCGCGGCCUCCUUUCCCGCCGUGCUGCGGCACUCUUUGCUCUCGCGACAGCCCUCACCGGUGUAGGCAUGCUCUACUUCGGCACUAACCCCACCGUCGCGGCCCUCUCAGCCAGCAACAUUAUCCUAUACGGCUUCAUAUACACCCCGCUCAAGCGUAUUCACGUCAUCAACACAUGGGUCGGUGCCAUCGUAGGCGGUAUUCCCCCAUUGAUGGGCUGGGUCGCUGCUGCCGGCCAAACCGCUACCACGGGCCACGAUACCUGGCGCGACAUGCUCUUUAGCCAAGACAGCAUCGGUGGUUGGCUGCUUGGAGGUAUUCUGUUUGCCUGGCAAUUCCCCCACUUCAACGCCUUGUCUCAUACCAUCCGCGAGGAGUACAAGCGCGCCGGCUACAAGAUGCUCUGCUGGAAGAACCCCGCCAUGAACGCCCGCGUUGCGCUGCGCUAUUCCGUCCUCAUGUUCCCCAUCUCCAUUGGCCUCUGGUGGGUCGGAGUCGUCGGCCACGGAUUCUUGGUUAGCAGUUCAGUCGCCAAUGCGUGGUUGGUGAAGGAGGCGUACCAUUUCUGGAAGCACCAGGGCGCCAACGGAACGGCGAGAGGUCUCUUCUGGGCCAGUAUCUGGCAGCUCCCAGUUCUGCUGGUGGGUGGUCUCGUCACUAAGAAGGGUCUUUGGGAUGGUGUAUGGCGUCAGAUCUUCGGACAGCCAGAUGAGCUAGAUGAUGAGUAUGUGUAUGUUGAUGAGGAAGAGGAAGGUACUGGUGCUGCUAUGGCUGCCUCGCGCUCCAAGUCAGUGGCGACUCGUGCGGUAUGA